AUGGCAACUGUACGACGAUUACAACAAACUCUUUCGCACCUUGAGCCGCCAAAGGGCCCCCAACUGCUGUCGAUCAUCGAAGGUCCAACCCAACCAGAACUACUAGACAUUACUCUCAGUGAACUUCUCACCCUUCAGAGCCUGCAAUACAGCAACCAUGAGUGUCUUGUUUUCCCUUGGACUGGCGCUCGCUGGACCUACGCCGAUCUCAAGGAUGAAGCGGACCGGGUGGCACGCGGCCUGCUGGCCAUGGGGAUUCAAAAGGGCGACCGUAUAGGUAUUAUGGCGGGUAAUUGCGAGCAGUAUAUCUCGCUAUUCUUUGCCGCUGCGCGUGUCGGGGCGAUUCUGGUGGUGCUGAACAAUACAUAUACACCGUCCGAGCUGUACUAUGCUCUCGGACACACCGAUUGUCGACUCCUUUUCCUGACUCCACGCAUCGGCCGCCAUUCGCUCGAGGAGGUACUAGCCAAGUUAGGGCCUCGUCCGAAGCAGCAGGGAACAUCGUCUGCGUUGGAGGAAGUUGUCAUUUUGCGAGGGCAAUACGACGGUUUUAGCACAUAUGAACACGUCAUCCAGCGCGGCCUACCGCUUCCCAGUCAUGCACUGCAGGACCGAGAAGCGGAGCUCCAUUCUACAGAUGUCUGCAACCUGCAGUUCACCAGCGGCUCGACGGGGAAUCCCAAAGCUGCCAUGUUGACACAUCACAAUCUAGUAAACAACUCCCGCUUCAUCGGCGACCGGAUGAACCUCACCUCGUUCGACACUUUAUGUUGCCCGCCGCCACUCUUCCACUGUUUCGGCCUAGUGCUGGGCAUGCUUGCGGUCGUCACCCACGGUUCAAAAAUCAUCUUUCCCAGCGAAACAUUCGAUCCGACCGCCGUGCUGCAUGCCAUCUCGGACGAGAAAUGCACCGCCCUGCACGGCGUGCCGACCAUGUUCGAGGCCAUCCUGAGCAUUCCCAAGCCACCCAACUUCGAUUGCUCGAAUCUGCGGACGGGAAUCAUUGCCGGCGCACCCGUUCCCCGGCCACUCAUGAAACGGUUGCUUGAGGAGUUGAAUAUGACCGAGUAUACGAGCAGCUACGGCGUCACCGAAGCCUCUCCCACCUGCUUCAACGCCCUGACCACCGACACGAUCGAGCGCCGCCUGACAACCGUCGGAAAGGUCAUGCCCCACGCCAAAGCCAAGAUCAUCGACGCACAGGGCCACAUCGUCCCCGUCGGGCAGCGCGGCGAGCUCUGCAUUGCCGGAUACCAAUUGACAAAGGGCUACUGGAACAACCCGGAGAAGACAGCCGAGGCCCUAGUCACCGACUCGGACGGCGUAACCUGGCUCAAGACAGGAGACGAGGCCAUCUUCGACGAGCAGGGAUACUGCACCAUCACCGGGAGAUUCAAGGACAUCAUCAUCCGAGGCGGAGAAAACAUCUACCCCCUCGAGAUCGAAGAGCGACUAGCCGCACACCCAGCCAUCGAGGUGGCCUCCGUGAUCGGCAUCCCGGACCAGAAAUACGGUGAGGUCGUGGGGGCCUUCCUUGCGCUGGCUGCUGAUGUGAGCGCGAAACCAUCGGAUGAGGAGCUCCGCGCUUGGACGCGGGAAACUCUGGGUCGGCACAAGGCACCGCAGUAUUUCUUUGUCUUUGGCGAGGAGGGAGUCGACCGCACGAUUCCUGUGACGGGCAGCGGGAAAGUUCGGAAGGUGGAUUUACGCAGGAUUGCGGCGGGUGUUUUGGAGCGACGGUUGGCGAUGGCAACAAAGGAAACAUAA